AUGAAAUUUGAAGGUUUGAGACAUGGAGGUCAAUUUUUUAUCCCUAGGAGUCAGACCUUGAAACUGGAACUGCCAAAUAUUAUCCUAGAAAGAAGAAGAAAGUUCCAAGCUCCAGAUUUGAAAGGCAUGCUGCAAGCAUUUGAAGGGCUCAUGGAUGUCCAGCAAUACUGGGUUCAUGUAACUCCAUGUCAAUAUAACAAGGAAAUCGUUUCCAUUAACAAAAAUAAAGGACAAAUACAAUGUGCAAGUCACUAUAGGAGGAAUCGUCAAGUUUCUGAGACUUUCCAUUUGGGCGUCGUGGGAUAUCCAGCUAUUCACUCAGGGAAGCACUACUGGGAAGUAGACGUGUCUACAUGUGAUGCCUGGCUCCUUGGAUUAAGUGAUGGAAAAUGUGCUCAACCCCAUUUAAUGGGUGAAAUGGGCUUCAAAAUGAAACUUAAUUCUAAUUUUAACCAAAUUGAAAUGUAUCAGCCUAAAUGUGGCUACUGGGUUAUAGGGAUGAAGGAUAGGUCUGUAUACAAUGCCUUUGAUGAGUGCUCUAUCACCCAUAAUCCCAGUGUCUUGGUUCUCUCUCUGCCUCAUCCUCCCAGUCGUGUUGGAGUUUUCGUGGACCGGGAAGCUUGCACUCUCUCAUUUUAUGAUGUUUCUAACUCAGGAGCUCUCAUCUAUAGGUUCUAUUACCCUUCCUUCCCUCGUAAAGUCUAUCCAUAUUUUAAUCCUUUGGAAUGUUUGAAGCCAAUGACAGUAUGUGGACCACCCUCUUAAGCUCUCACCUACAUCUACGCAGUGCCCCCAUGUGUGGUGUAUCCCAUGUUCCAGAGCUUCCCUGCAUCAUUUUAAUUUUUUUGUCUUGGGUUCUUUAUUUUAAUGACCUUCACGUAUAACUACAAACCAGCAUGGAUUAAUUCCCUUGAUCCAGCUGCUUCUCUACUCACAAGAUGAUUACUGCCAUUUGUCAUUUCCCAUAUUCCCAAAGAAAAUGAUUAUUUCCUCACUAAGUGAAAUCGAGCCUCUGCUAAGACCAUCUCUGUAGCAUCACAGUCAAAAGAAUGACUCAUAGCCAACAAUGUCUUAGAGAACUUGAGAGAGGCCCCAGAAAAAAAAAAAAAAAAAACGAGGACCUUUUACCUCAAGUACAUUUUGUUCCCUGGAUUGGCUUGGAUGUGAUUUUGUACCUCCUGCAACAAACAUUUGCAUUCAACUUACUCGAUGUGUUUUCUCUUGUUGGAUGUCAGAACAUAGCUACAGAAUCCAUCCUUGUGAAAGGAUAUGCUAAGUGCUGGCCUCAAUGCACACUGAUUCUAGACAUGGGCUGUGCUUUGGUUUCCCAGAUAUAAUCUAUAGUAUAGUGCAGACAAUCGUGUUUAAAUUCAUCUGUCCUGAGAAAGUUGUGUGAAAGGGUUGCUCUGUUAAUAUUUACUAUAUGCUUACUGGCAUUUAUUUACAUGUUUUUAUGAUUCUCUUUCUCCAAACUCAAAGAACCUUCCUUAAAUUGUUGCUUUCCAUUGUACAUUCAUGUCUAAAAGCACAGUGAAACUGAGGUAAAGAUGUCUGCUGAAGUCCCUCUAUCCUAGACUGUCUUUAAACACCAGGUCUUACAGACAGAACUAUCUCGGUCCACAAAGGUAGAUACACCUUACUUUUUGUGGUGCCAGAGAUACAAGCCAGGGCUUCAUGUAUGCUUAUGAGUUGCUCUACCACUGAGUUGCUUACCUGAGCUCUAUAAGUUCUCCACAAACAUAUUAUUUUUGUCACUGACAAUAGAUGAAAGUUCUUUUCCAGCUUGUCUAGCAGUUUAGAAAAUUAUAUAUAGGAGUCUCUGGCUAAGGAAUGGACCCUUAGCAGGAGAUCAGUUUAACCACAAUGCUUGUGUUUCAUCAAAGAGUUAAGAAGGAAAUCUCUCAAAUGAUACUCAGUAAGACCAUGUGUUUAGAGUAUCCAGGUUCUAAUCCAAGCCUUCUCACAUUGCAAUGCAACCCUGAAUAACAUCCUCUUGAGCUUGCAUUUGCUAGUUUUCUUUUUCUUUUGUUUCAUUUUUCUGUUUUUGUUUUUCAGUUUUGGUAUAAAUAGUGUGCCUAUAUUGCAGGUCAUUGCAGGUCUUAAAUUUGAAAUCUUUAGAAGACUCUGAGGGUCAAAGUCCUUUCAUCUAUGAGAAAUGAACUGAGUUCAUUUACUCAGACCCUCCUGGCUGAAGGAGGCAAACAGCUCCGAUAGAUUUUCCUCUCAGCACACAAAUAUGUUACAGAACACAAAGGAUGAAGCACAUGCAAAAUGAAAGGGGAUUAGGUAAUUUUUAGUAAGAGAAGUUCAAUACUCAUACUGCAACCCCUGCACAUUCAGUGGGUGGUGUUUGUGCUGAUUACUGAGAAGAUGUACUGUACUGAUGUUCUAUGCACAGUGUGUGAUGGGGAAACUAAGUUACAGCUCUUCUUGUGUCUUGGUGUUAGAUCCUGGGAAUUGCCACCAAGAUUACUCUAAUAUGUUGUGGAUAUCUAUUUUUGGUUGGUUUUACACUUAUUUUUUGAGAGGAUAUUUGUUUUGCUGUAUUCGUUAUUAAAUAAGUUAAAUUCUAUGAUUUUCCAUUUUAUAAUGAAUGAUAAUGAUGACAAUGAUACACAUCACUGUGCCUUCUGUUAUGUUGUGAGAUGUAAACAAUAGAUUUUUUUCUAGGAACUCAUAUUGCUUCCAGCAUGUAAGAAUUAUCGAAUAUGGUGUCUAUUUUUCCUCCCGUUUGAUGUGACCAUAAUAAAGUAUCAUUGGAAUGACAAACAGA